UGUGAUCAGGUGAACAAAAAAUGUUCAACUAUGAUGUUCAAUAUGUCUUCUUGCAAAAUAGUUAUUCAUGUAGUAAUAACCUGGCAACGUGAUGACCUAGUGUAUCUUAUCAACUGCUUUUUAUAAAACCCUUUUCAAUAUCACACUUAAAAAGCAUACAAUUUAUCAGUGGGUAGUUUCAUACUUCCUGUUUGUGAUCAGUUUUAAACACAACUUACAGGUAGAAAGUAAUGCAUUGUAAAUUAUAGUUUUAAAUGAAAAAUCAUGGCAAAUUCCAGGAUAGACUUCAGUGCUUCAUUUACACAGGACUCUGAUGAAGUUCAGGAAAUGUUUUGUGAGGUUUGUGAUAAACAUGACAAGCAAUAUGUUCCUGCUGAGGGAUUUUGUGAGGAAUGUUUCGAGUACUUGUGUGAGACUUGCCUUAAAUACCAUAGAGUAUACAAGAAAUCUCAUACCAUAAAGGAUAAGGAUAACAUGCCACAGGAUUUCUGUCUGGAGAAAUGUUCUGUUCAUCAAGAUGAAUUAGUCAAGUUCUAUUGUCAAGCUUGUAAGAAAUUUGCCUGUACUGAAUGCAAGACACGAGACCAUGGGAAUUGUGGUAUGGUCGGCCAUUUGCCAGCUCUUGUUCCCGGAAUUGAAAACAGCCAAGAAGUCAAAGAACUUAAUGAAAAUCUUGAUGAGUUAAUGAAAGAUUUGGGGAAUACAGAAAAACAUGUUAACAUAAACAUGAAAUAUGUCACUUCACAAGAAACAAAGAUAUUAGAUACAGUCAUGAAAAAAAAGAAAGAAAUAUUGUCAGUGUUUGAAAAGCAUCACAAAGACAUAAUUCAAAAUUUUGAGAAAAAAAAAGAAGAAACCUUCCAAAAACUUGAAGAAGAGAAAAAAGAGAAAAUUGAAAAAUUACAAGAUAAUCAAAGGAAACUAGAAAAGUUAUUAAAUGAUGAGGAGAAUGAAAUAAAGAAGAAAAUUGAAAUCAUAAAAAGGGAUGACAUGAAAAUUGUGCAGGCAAUCACAGAGGAAACCUCUAAAAUGAAAAUAAAACUAAAAGCCAUAUCAACAGAGCUGGUGCAUCACCAAAAUACAGAUCAAAGAUGUCAACUGUAUGUUGCUAUGAAGAAGGGACAGGAAAUCAUUGAACAACUGAAACCAGAUAUAGAUAAACAAUGUAAAGACAAUUCAAUUCAUUAUUACAAAGUAAAAUGCAAAGCUUUUGAACAAAAUGCUACCAAUUUACAAGACUUUCACAAAUUUUUCACCUAUAAAGAAAUACAUGAAUCUGAAGUACCAAGAACUGCAAGUUAUUACACAGAUAUUAAAUUCACAUGUCACUCCUUUUCAUCUUUAUGCUUGUUAACAAAAGACUGUCUUCUGAUAACUGAGUUUGACUCAUGUAAGCUAAUUAUAUUCAAGGAUUUGUCAGUCAGCAAUUCAUCAUAUGAUACAAUACAUUGAUCUGUCUUCCAAGCCUUGGGCUGUUGCUAAAGUUGACAAUAACAAAUCUGCUGUAACAUUUCCUAAUCUUGGAAUAUUAAGACUUAUAACAUUCUCUAAGUCUAUGACAGUGACCAACAUUGAAGAUAUAAAAGUA